CUCAAGAUAUGAAUUUAGGGUGCACAAGGACGACCCCUCUCCUCUCUACAAUAAGAGGAGACAAUACAAAACCCUAACCUAAUUCGAAGAAGAGGGCCAACCACGCUCAGUACUGUGGCCGCCGCGACUACAAUUGGAAGGGGCAUUCCAUCUGGUCUUCGACAGCGUUGCAAACUUCAGGUGAUCUGCUUCAAACAGUAAUCACUCGUGCAAUGCUCAGACCACAUUGUAGAGGAUUAAGUUACAAUGGUGAGGAUUAGUGUUUUGAAUGACGCUCUUAGGAGCAUGUAUAAUGCGGAAAAACGUGGGAAGCGCCAGGUGAUGAUUAGGCCAUCAUCAAAAGUCAUCAUUAAGUUUCUCCAAGUCAUGCAAAAACAUGGCUAUAUUGGAGAAUUUGAGCUUGUUGAUGAUCAUAGAUCUGGGAAAAUUGUUGUGGAGCUCAAUGGAAGGCUUAAUAAAUGUGGUGUGAUAAGUCCUCGUUUUGAUGUUGGGGUCAAAGAAAUUGAAUCCUGGACUGCAAGAUUGCUUCCAUCACGACAGUUUGGAUUCAUUGUCCUGACAACAUCUGCUGGCAUCAUGGACCAUGAUGAGGCUAGGAGAAAGAACGUCGGUGGGAAAGUGUUGGGAUUUUUUUACUAGAUUUAAUUUUUGACUUGAGUUCUGAGGAUUGGGUAAUUGUGGAAGUGAACUAGACCAUAUUCAACCUUUGAAGAAUUUUAAGGCUGGUGUAUUUGAAUUGAGGAAAUUAUUUAAAAUUUUGCAUUCUAUAUCA